AAAAAUAACCAGAAACAAAAACACGAUUCCAAAUCCAAUUUGCCCCUUGUAAAACCCUUGAAAACCCUAGAUUGAUUGAAUCGGAAGGAAAAAAUGUCAUCGACGCUGUUGGAGCUGACUCGAGCGGCUCACGAAGACGUGGAGCGGUUCGAGCGACUGAUUGUGAAGGAUCUGCAGAAUGAACCGGCUUCCAACAAGGACCGUCUCGCUCAGAGUCACCGUGUGCGCCAUAUGAUCGACCAAAUCACCUCCACUACUCACAAACUCGUUGACAUAUAUGAAGAUAAAGAUAAUGCUAGGAAGGAUGAAAUUGCAGCCCUAGGUGGACAAACAGCAACGGGGACUAAUGUUUUUAGUGCCUUUUAUGACCGAUUGAAAGAGAUUCGGGAGUACCAUAGGCGGCAUCCGUCAGCACGGGUUCUUGACACUACUGAUGAGUUAGAGCAGUUGCUUGAAGAAGAACCACAGAUUGAGUUCAGUGGAGAGGAAGCAUACGGACGCUAUUUAGACUUGCAUGAAUUGUACAAUGAUUACAUCAAUUCUAAGUUCGGAAAGAAAAUUGAUUACACUGCUUACCUUGAUGUGUUUUCACAACCACAACAUAUACCCCGAAAACUGAAGAUGACAAGGCAGUACAAGGAUUAUUUGAGCAAAAUGACAGAAUAUCUGGUGUAUUUUCUUGAGCGCACAGAGCCUCUGCAAGAUCUUGAUAGAUUAUUUUUAAAGGUGACGGCAGAGUUUGAAGAGCAAUGGGCUGAUGGCAAAGUAGAUGGAUGGAAAGACGAGGCUCAAGAGAAUGGACAUGCGACUGAUAAAAAUACAUCAGAACUCGAUCUAGAGUACUAUAGUACAGUCAAUGACCUAGUUAUAAUUGGCCCUGAAAGGUUAAAGGAGGCAUUGGGUGCACUGGGAUUAAAAACAGGAGGUACCGUUCAACAACGUGCGGAAAGGCUUUUUCUUACCAAGCACACUCCUCUUGAAAAGCUGGAUAAAAAACAUUUUGCAAAAGGUGUACGCAGGCCCGAACAAAAUGGCACUGUUACUGCUCAACAUCAAAAUGACGAUUUAAAACAGAUUGCCCUCAUGGAAGUCAAGAUAGAGAAGCUUUGCGAGAUUUUGUCAGAGAAAAUAGAGCGAACAAAAGAAAACGUUGAGAAGAAACAAGCUCAGAUAUACGAGGAAAUAGAUGCUGAAAGAGAGGAUGAGGAAGUACCCGACAUUGAGAGUGAUGACGAGGAUCAACAAAUAUAUAAUCCCUUGAAGUUGCCAAUGGGCUGGGAUGGAAAACCUAUACCUUAUUGGCUCUAUAAACUUCAUGGCCUCGGUCAGGAGUUUAAGUGCGAGAUAUGUGGAAACUAUAGUUACUGGGGACGAAGAGCCUAUGAGCGCCAUUUCAAGGAGUUUCGACAUCAGUAUGGGAUGCGUCGUCUUGGUAUUCCAAAUACUAAAAAUUUCAAUGAAAUUACAUCGAUUGAGGAAGCACAACAACUGUGGGAGAGAAUUAAAGAGAAGCAAGGGGUGAACAAGUGGCGUCCAGAUUUAGAGGAAGAAUAUGAAGACCGAGAGGGUAAUAUUUACAACAAAAAGACGUACACUGAUCUUCAACGUCAAGGCUUGAUAUAAUAGACGUCGUUUACUGCAAGAUCAUUCUGCACGGAAUUUCUGUUUUAGUGUGCGGCUGUAAUCACAAGCAGGAGCAAGUUGUUUUUGGUUGAUAAUGUUAAUCUCCUUACUUCGUUGUACUAGUAUUGUGAUGUUUUAGAGCAUAGAUGCAAUUCAGCUGGUUGGCUUCGUUAAGCACCUAAAUUCUUCGGUCACCCAAUCCUACAUAACAAUGUAUUUUUCGGGUUUAUUUUGUUAUGGAUCCGACAUCUUAUAUGAAACUUUUCUGUGGGGUUUUCUUUGUAAA